CUGCGGCCUUAAGUCGCAACGCACCUUCUGGUACAGCUGUACAUCAGCUGUGUCACAGUUGUGUAUGUCAUAUUAAACGUCAAGAUGGCUGAACUUAUCGCGAUUCCAUUAAAAAAACCUUCCGACGUUGACAUAAUAAAACCGCUUACAAAUGUUAUUAAAUCAACUUACAACACCCCAGGAAAUCAGAAAGAUUAUACGGAUGCUAUCGCUGAAUUUAGCAAGCUGAGAAACAACGCUCUUUGGCGAGCCUUUGAGAAGUAUGAAAGUUCAUUGCAGGUUAUUUACAGCUAUUAUGAUCAGUUAUGUGCAUUGGAAAGAAAAAUCCCUGCUCAUGAAUUACAAAUACCAUUCAAAUGGAAAGAUGCCUUUGAUCGUACAAUUUUUGGUGGAAAACUCAGUUUAACCAUUAGCACAUUGGCAUAUGAAAAAGUAUGUGUACUCUUCAAUAUUGCUUCUUUACAAAGUUCGAUAGCUGCUACACAAUCAUUAGAUAGCGAUGAAGGAUUGAAACUGUCAGCUAAAUUAUUUCAGCAAUCAGCUGGGAUAUUUAAUUAUCUGAAAGGAAAUGUCAUGAUGGCAAUUCAACAAGAACCAACACCCGAUAUUAGUCCAGAAACACUCGGAGCAUUGAGUGCAUUAAUGCUUGCUCAAGCACAAGAAAUAUUUGUGCAUAAAGCAAUCCAUGAUUCUAUGAAAGAUGGUAUUGUUGCUAGAUUGGCAGCACAAGCAGAAGAAUUAUAUGCAGAUGCCUUAAAAUUAUUUCAGAAAGAAAUUUUUCGCGCAUUUUGGGACAAAGAAUGGGUGCCUUUGAUAGCAAGUAAACAAGCUGGUUAUCGCGCUAUGGCCGAAUAUUAUCAAUCACUUGUAUGCAAAAAUAAUAAAGUAAUUGGAGAAGAAAUUGCUAGAUUAGAGCAUGCUGUGGAGUUGUUCAAAGCUGCCCAACAAAGAUCAAAUAAGCCAAGCUUAUUCCAAGAUUAUGCCAACAAAGCACAGAGAAAUCUAACAGAAGUAAAAAAAGAUAAUGAUUUUAUAUAUCACGAAAGGAUUCCAGACAUCAAGAAUGUGGAAGCUAUAGGAAAAGCUACCGUUGCUAAACUACUCCCACUUCCCGAAAAAUUCAGUUCUGAUUUUAAAGAUUUGUUUGCUGAACUAUUACCUGUCACCAUACACAACGCAUUGUCAGCCUAUGAAAAUCGUCGUAAUGAGCUUGUUAACUACGAAGUUUCAAAUCUUCGAGAAAUGACCCAACUUUUAAACAGUGUUUUGGCAAGUUUGAAUUUACCAGCAGCUCUAGAAGAUACAAGUGGAACAGAAAUACCUCAAUCGCUAUUGGAGAAAGCGCUUUAUGUGCGAAAUGCAGGAGGAAUACAAGCUUUGGAAGUAGCUAUGAAAGAACUGCCAGAUUUAUUGCAACGUAAUAAAGAACUUUUAGAUGAGUGUGAGAGAAUGUUGCAAGAGGAACGUGAAUCUGACAAUCAACUAAGAGAACAGUUCAAAGAACGUUGGAAGCGAACACCCAGUAUUCGAUUAACGGAACAAUUUACUAAUAAUUUACAAAAAUAUCGUGAAAUCAUUAAUAAUGCAGUUUCUGCUGAUAAGGUGGUUCGUGAAAAAUACGAAAAUCAUAAAGAAGGAAUGGAAAUUUUAAGUUUAGAUGAGGAUGAACUUACUAGAACUGUUCCACAAGGUUUGGCUGUUCAAGAAAGUAAUGUUGUUAUACAACUCAGGAAAUUAAUGGAUGAUGUGGAAACAUUGAAAGCUGAACGAGAUGCUAUUGAAAGUGAAUUUAAAUCUGCUAUUAAUGAUAUGAAGAGUACAUUCCUUUCAGCAUUAGCUAAGGACAGUGUAAUCGAUGAACCGAAUUUAUCUGUUGAGAGUUUGGGAAAAUAUUAUGGACCUUUACAAAAACAAGUACGAGAAAGCAUAGCGCAUCAGGAAAAAUUAGUUGCUGAAAUUCAGACAUGCCAUGCACAAUUUACAAAUGAACAAGCUGGUACUGGUAGCGCGCGAGAAAUGAUGCUCUGUAAACUAGCUUCCGCUUAUGAUGCAUUUAAAGAGCUAAAAAAUAACUUAACAGAAGGGACUAAAUUUUAUAACGAUUUGACACAGCUAUUGGUAGUCUUCCAAAAUAAGAUAUCUGACUUCUGUUUCGCCCGAAAAACUGAAAAAGAGGAACUAUUAAAAGAUUUAACAACGAACUUGAGCCAUACCGGUCCUGCUACAACGCCAAAUAUUCCAUCUCAUCAUAGUAGUGGGCCAAGUGGAAAUCAACCGGAAGUCGGUACAGCACCACCGCAGUUGCCAUAUCCUAUGCAAAAUCAAGGUGGUAUGCCUAUACCUUAUGGUGCUUCACCAGCAACACCUUAUCCAGCAUAUGUUCCUCCACCAAUGCCGACAACCUACAAUCCAUAUGCUACAAUGCCAUACCCUACACAAGGAGGAUAUAAUUCGUUCCAAAGUACGAUGCCUCAAGUUCCAUAUGGAGGCUAUGCGACAAUGCCACGUUAUGAUGGUACUCAACCACCACAUGGUCAAAAUCCAUGGAUCCAUGGAAAUCCAUGAAUUAUACAAACAGUCGUAGUAUACACUGUGAUUUUACAUAAAUUGCUUAAUAUCAAUUCCAAUAAUAUUUAUGUGUAAUAUUUUAUACAAAAUUUGCUUUUAAUUAACACUCGAAGCUGAUAUUGUGUAUAAUUCAAGAGAUUUGAUUGCUGCUUGAAUUAUUACAUAUUCUGCUAUAUGGAGAUGACUUCUAAUUUGCCGUUACAAAAGUUUUGAUUUCUUUGAUUGACUAAUCAAGA